AUGACUUUUGGAAGAGAACAACGUAGCAAAAUGUAUCUUAAACACAAAUUUCACCCAUUUGCAUCACAGUUCAUUGCAGUAACUGUUCCAAGUUUACUUUUGUUUGACAUGGGACUAUGUCAUUCGAUAACAUUCGUGAUCAUAGCCGCUCUCACCGGAUUUUCCAAUGAUCACAAUCCCAAUGAAAUCAUAUCAUUAACACCAUCUGAAGCUUCAUGGUUAGCGAGUAUGAGUCUUGUCUUUCAACCAAUUGGAAGCAUGUUGUCGGCGCUAGUUUCAGAUGCGCUCGGACGUAAGGUAGCGAUGUCGAUCGUCAAUAUUCCAAUUGCAAUCGGAUGGCUCAUGAUGCUAUACGAAUCCAAAUCUCCUGCUAACAUAUUCGCUGCAAAUAUGCUACUCGAAUUCGGAUGUGCUCUGAUGGAAUCGCCUACGGUGACAUACGUCGGUGAAAUCAGUGAGCCAAAAUUCCGUGGAUUCAUGGCGGCCUACUCCCAAAUCGGAUACACAUGUGGAUUAAUAGCGGUUGCUAUUUUGAACAUUUUAAUGCCAUGGCGAUGUGUCUGUUUCAUCUGCUUGUGUGUACCGAUUUUAACAGCCGUUUUCCUUUUCUUCGUUCCUGAAUCGCCUCUGUGGCUUUUAUCAAAAAAUCGAUCUCAUGAAGCGAAAGAAUCGCUCUGCUGGCUACGAGGAUGGGUUCCAAAAAAAGUUGUCACCGAGGAGUUUCUAUCUCUUCAGCGCUACAGUGCGCUUUCUAAAUCAUGUGAAAAUUGUGUCCAAAAUGGACUCAAGUGUGUUCAUCCUCUGCCAAAUUUACGUGAAAAGUUAAAAGAAUUGAAAAAAAGGAAAAAUCUCAAGCCAUUCACCAUUGUGGUGUCACUUCUUUCCAUUACAUUUUUCUCCACAACAUUCGCAGUGUCAACGUAUAUCGUGCAAAUAUUCGAAGCGUACAAUGUUCCGAUGAAAUCUGAUAUCGCGACGGUGAUUUCGAAUUGCGUGAAACUUUUGGCAAACAUUUCGUACAUGUUUCUGAUUCGAUUUGUAGGCAAACGACAUCUGUAUUUAACAAUGAUGACCGUGCUAUGUCUGAGCACGGCUACAAUUUCCAGCUAUGGAUUUAUUAUUCUACCGAUCGGUUACAGUUCAUAUCCAGAUAUAUCACCUAACUUCCCACUCGACAACAAGAAUCUCGGUUAUAUCCCGUUUAUUUGCAUAAUUUCAGUGACAUUUUGCAUGUUUUGCGGACUUCGAUCGGUUCUGUGGCAAUUGACAUGCGAGGUGUUUGCGGACCGAACUCGCGUCAUAGUCACUGCUUUAACAAUAACUUUGAGCUACUUGAUUGUUUUUGUCAUCACAUCCACAUAUCGGAUCUUCGAAACGACAUUGUCAAUGCCCGGUGUUGCCCUAUUCAAUUGCAUUGUCAGCGGUUUCGGUGUGUUUGUUGCAUACAAAAUUUUGCCAGACACAGAAAAUCGCACGUUAGAAGACAUUGAGAUGCAUUUUUCGGACAAUUCCAAGUCAAUCACCGAUCGUAAAAUUUUACAAAUUUCCAAAAACAAUCAAAUACAAAGUGAAGCUAAAACAGUUUCAAUGAACAACGACAACACAUUUGGCAAAAUCGAGAAAGAAUUGACAUGA